ACAGAGCGACAGUGGGCGAGAAGAAUGUUCUGGCUCGCGCCAUAGAGGCGCCGAGAGGAUUUGAAAGUUCACUGUUCUGAAGGUACUGAGGCCAUUGCGGGCGAGAUGGACUUGUGUCUGGGUUUAGGAAUGGGCGAAACGAUUCUGGCCUUCAUGCGCAGCAGGAAGCACGGUUCUGGCGCUGCAGCGAGCAGCAGAGAUGAGGAGAAGAUGAGCCCGGGGAGCAGCUCCAUCUGGUCUUCUUCUGUGUCACGCAGUGGAAUGCAGCAUUGUUCGAGAUUAUCGUCGGAUGAAUCCUCCCGAAGUGAGAGUACCCACGACGACUGCAGCUCGUCGGACAUGUCGAGCUCCGGGGGAUUUCCAAGCUCGCCCUUGUCGGCGUAUUGUCCUUCCAGGAGGUUGCUGUGGGGAUCGAGAAAGCGGUCGAGGAAGCCCGCAGUUCUCGAGAAAACGCCGUUCGGGAAAUCGACAGAGUAUCUCACAGUGCACGUCGGAGUGCGCAGCGAGCUCAGCGUCAAGUAUUUCAUCAACCGGACACUCCUGACGCACCCUCUCUUCAAGCUAUUGCUCAAGUGCUCCGAGGAUGAGUUCGGUGAAGAGUACAUGGUGAAGAGAGGUGUCGCCGUCGUUUGCGACCCUGCUUUGUUCCUGGAAGUUGUUAGAGCAGUCGAUGACGACCUUUGGUCCUCAAAAUCUGGCAUCGAAGCUCUAGGCUGGCAGUCUAAUCAAAGUCAUCAUUCGAAGCCCGAAGCUCGACUUGUCUGAAGGCCUUCUGCAACAGAGACAGGCAGACCUCCAUUCGAUGUCCAAUCUCGGUCCAAUUUUGGUAGCCAGUAGGAAAUCUCUCUGCUCCGACCUGUACAUACUUCCUUAGAAAUCGGGAACAUACAAUUUUGAGCAGCUUUUGAAAUAAUCUAGUCGAAAUCUUCGUCGCUUUGCCGCACAACAGACGCGAUGGUCUGAAUUGGGAUCUAUUCAAUGGUCCAUUUGAAGAGUAGGAUACUUCAGUAUAUCAUAGAUGAAGAGAAGGUUCUGGCAUUCUCAUACAGCAUGUCACACCUCCACGGCAGAAAUGUAAAGAAAAUGUCCCUCUCUCGGGACAUGAAGUAAUUCAAAGUUAUCUACACACUCUCGACUUCUU